AAUAGUGGUUUAAUAGUGACAUUCUGAAGAUGAGAUAAUGUUAAUUAGUGUUGAGAAAGAUUACUGACAUUUUUGUGUACUUCGCAAGGCGCAAUAUCCAAUAAAAAGAAGAUUCGAAAUGCAUAUAUUUAAUGAUUUUAUAUUGCAUUUCGGAAAUACGAAAUUUUGGCAAUGAAAAGAUUGUAUUUCUUUUAGUUUUGCAUACAAUGUAAUAAAUAGUGCACAAGAUUCAAAUACGAUGAAGUUGUCAAUCACGCGGAUUCAUAGAAAAAUAAAAAUAUAAUUAAAUAAUUAACGAAUGUUGUGUUGAAAUUAACAAUUAAUAGAUAUUAUUUCUAAAUUUUCAUUUUACAUUGAAUUACAUUUAUGCAGACAAACAUGUGGGAGGAGGGAUUUAAAACUGUUAUACUGCCAACAUUAUCUACUAUGUUAGUUUUUGUAUUAGUUAUUAAUUUCUUUAGACGCAUUACAGAAGAGACAUAUAUCCAUAUAAGAGAUGUUACUCAAGAACAUAAUUGGAAACCCAUAAGAAAAGUAACUAAGGCAUAUUACUGCAGUAUUUGCGAAAGUCUAUUAUUAAAUAUCAAUGGUUUAUUAUGCGAUUCAUGUGGAGUAUGUGCAGAUCUUGGAUGUGUCAAAACAGCAAACAAAAUACUUCGUUGUAAAGCUAUUACUAUGGAAAAUAAUGAGCAAUUGCUACAUCAUUGGAUUAAAGGUAAUUUACCAGUAGUAGCGAUGUGUGCUAUUUGUAAUGAAGAAUGCGACACAGAACUCGGCCUUAUGGAUUGGUGGUGUUGUUGGUGUCAAAGAAGCGUUCAUGAUUCUUGUAAACUUUCAAUAUCUGAGGUAUGUGAUUUUGGUAGAUUUAGAUUAAUGAUAAUUCCACCGCAAAGCUUAAAAGCUAUAAGUAAGCGCAGAAGAAUGAGACGCAAGUUAGCACUGCAUUCAGUUAUAAAACCUGAUUGGAAUGAUUGGAAUCCUCUUAUUGUUGUUGGAAACAGGAAAUCUGGUAAUAAUGAUGGGGAAGAAAUUUUAUCAUUGUUUAGAGGAUUAUUAAAUCCUGCACAAGUUAUGGAUUUAGCAGAGCAAGAUCCAACAGCAAUACUUACGUGGUGUCGUCUACUUGGAAAUACCCCCUGUACAGUUCUUGUUGCAGGGGGUGAUGGAACUAUUGCUUGGUUACUUAAUAUUAUUCAUAAAUUACAAUUAAAGCCAGUUCCAGCCGUUGCAAUACUUCCUUUAGGAACAGGAAAUGAUUUGUCGAGAGUAUUGGGAUGGGGUAAGGAGCAUGAUUCGAAUUUAGAUCCUAGUGAAAUUUUACAAAAGAUACAACUUGCUGAAAAGGUCAACUUUGAUAGAUGGGCUGUAACGGUUAAGCCACAAAAUGGAUCUGCAGGAUCACAACAAAAUCUUUUCAUGUAUAAUUAUCUAAGUGUAGGAGUGGACGCGCAAGUAACAUUAGAUUUCCAUCGCACAAGGCAAAGUCGUUUUUAUUUAUUCAGUCAUAGAAUUUUUAAUAAGUUAUUAUAUAUAUGCUUUGGUACACAACAAGUUAUGGAAAGAGAAUGCAAAAAUCUUGACAAGAAUUUAGAAGUUUACUUAGACGAUGAAAGAGUAGAUUUACCUUCCAUAGAAAGCAUAGUUAUACUUAACAUUCCAUCAUGGGCUGCUGGUGUUGACCUCUGGAAUAUAGGAUUGGAAGGCGGACAAAGCGAAGUAGGAGCUCAAAAAAUUGACGAUAAAAAAUUAGAGGUUUGCGCUCUUUACUCAUCUUUUCACAUGGCUCAAUUACAAGUUGGUUAUUCUCAACCACAUCGAUUGGGACAAGCUAGCGUUGUAAAAGUGAAGUUAUUGAAAUCAUGUGCCAUACAAAUUGAUGGUGAGCCUUGGUAUCAAAAUCCUUGUGAGUUUACCAUUAGUUUCUGCAAUCAAGCUUUGAUGUUGAAGAACAAACAUUAUUAAGCCUACCCUUUUACGUGCAUUACGGGUAUAAAAAUGCAUUUAGUUACAUAUAUAUAAAAAUCAGUAUUUAAUUGAUAUUUGAAAUAAAUGUUCAAAAAAUGUAUUAAAAGAAAUCUAGUCGACAAUAUUUUAAGAAAUAAUUUAAAAUAUAUUGUUAAAUAUUAAUGUUCGGAAUAAAUUUCUUGAAAGAAGAUAUAAAUGUUGGCAAAUAGGUUAUAAAAUAUUAAUAAAUGUAUAUAAUGAAGGAAAAUUUAUUAACAAUUUAUUAUUUAUCCAAGAAUUUAUAGAUCCCUAGAGUCAUUUUUACAAUUUUUGAUCAUUUGAAAAAAAAAAUUCUAUAUGUAUAAAGUUACUGUAGUUUAAAAAGAUAAAAUUGAGAUGAAGCGUCAUCUAUAAACUAGAUACAAAAAAGUAACAAGAUGGCUGAGAUUACGCAUUUCUAUUUUAUCUUAUAAAAGUAUAAUAGAAACAAAAAAGCUUGUAGCGCCACCUUCGAUAUGAUUCGUUUCGUAUGUUUAGUGUUUCGCUGUCAUUAUACAUGGGUUCUCAAAAUUGUUUUGCAAACUCUGCGAGAAUGAAUAUUUUAAAGAGUGAACAUUGCAUUAGUAUAUAUUGAUAUGGAUUUUGUAUGCAAUAUGCAAUGUCUGAAAAAGAAGUUCAAUGUUUAACACGGUUAAAUUUACUGAAAGCUAUGUUUAGCUUUCAAGGAUAACGAGAUUGUAUUUGGAGCAUUACAUUUUCUUUAGACUUCAAAUUACGUCAUUACUUCAUUUCUAUGGGCAUGAUGAUCAGAAAAACAUUUUUUGUGAUAUUAUGUAUAACAAGUUUCUUUUACAUUUUUUUUGUUCUACGUAAAUUGAUAUAUUUCCUUUCCAAUUCUAAUGAACAUCAGAGUACUCAACUUAUGUCCACUGAAGAUGGAAAUCUAAAUUUAUCUACGUUAUGGUCGUUAUUAAUAGAUUCAUGUUUAUUAAGUCUUUUCAUAUUGCAACAUUCGUUUAUGGCUAAUGCCACUGUGAAAAAUUUCUUGAAAAAGUUAUAUAUCGAUGAGAUAGAAAGAAGUUUGUAUAAUACAUGUAGUGCAGCUGUUCUUUCUUUUUUACUGGACAAUUGGCAAAUAAUACCAUGGAUAAA